AACCAUGCUGUAAUAAUGUUGAAAUGGGACUAGAGAUGUCAAAUUGGUUGGUUUAAAAAUAUCGCUAAGCUGCCUUUGAAACUAGACGUUGGAGUCGAAUAGAAGUGAACGUGGGUUUCCUGAAUAGCACGGAGCCUGAGUGUGCUGUCAUGUGUGAGCCGUCCACCAACUUGAGGCAGAAGCGUUGCGAUUCCAUAAAUACAGUAGGACUCCAUAUGCUGAGUUUUUCAAUUUCUUCUGUUAGAAAGUUUGGGGGGAAAGGAAGACUUUGAAGUAUUUUGUUUAUACUAACAGAAGAGAAAAGUUCUCCUAAGAAGAAGCUGGUGGCAGGAGUGGAGAGGAGUAGCAUAUGGCAUUAAAGGAGCACAGCUGGAGGUAGCAUUUCCAUCUGAGCAUGAUGUCAGAGCAGCUGACAGCCUGCCAUCCCUCAGCCUUUUAUUCUAACACACAGACAGGGAGUCAGUGUGUGCGGCUCUGUGGUGGAGAAGGUAUCUCAUUCCUCUCCAACAUCAUCUCCACUUCGCAUCUGUCUCUCCUAGUCUGCUUUUUUUCCACCGAUGUAACAGACCUGGAGCCAGCAAGACUCCGAGGGAAGGACUUAAUCAAGUUUAUGUGUCCUAAAGGUAGGAGUAGCAAGAGAUUAGAUUGAGCAUCUUUCUGUUUGGGUGUUUUAUUUGAUUUUUUUAAAAUCACAUUACUUUUCUAAUCCACUUUAUGAAUAAUAUGUGAAAUUGAGCAUGAAGUGAUGGUCUUACUGGAGUUGAAAGUCUUGGGCUUGCUUGGUUUAAAUUUUUAUUUCUUUUAUUUGAGCAAGUAAAUAACUUUAAUACACAGAAGUAUUUCAAGUUUUCAGAUGGUAAGAAGGGCUUUGGAAUAUGGCUUUUGGAGAUCACUUUGGAUUAAGAUGCCUUUUGUUCACUGCUGUUUAGAUUCCCUUUGCUUGACGGGGGCAGAAAUAGUAAACUGUCUGGAAUCCAGCUUUCAAACUUACACGAGGAGAUUAUUCUGGUUAAGAAGCUAGGUUGUUGUGUAAUUAAUUCCACUGUGAAACUUUAGUCUUCAAAACAUUCGGCAAGCAUUACUGAAAGCAGCAUACAGCUGUAGUGCUUUUGAAACCGGAGGGUUUUUGUUAUUGGGGUUUUUUUUGUUUUUUUUUUUUUUGGUUUUGUUUUGCUUUUUGUUUUUUAAGAAGGAAAAAAAAAAGAAGAAGAAAGAGAACUUUUGUCCCUAGGAGAAUAGUUUGACCAGUUUCCUCAUUUCUCUUUCAAAUAUAUAUUUAAGAGAUCUUUUAUUUCAGCAUAACAAUAAUUAUUUGCAGGAGUUUUUGUGUUAGCGACUAAUUUAGAACUUGUAGAUUUGAGCUGCCUGAAUUGGCCAGACAGCUGUAAUCGCACUCCUCUAUUCUUAAUCUCUUUAUCUGGGCAGCAGCUGCCAUAUGGCCACAGUCAGCUGGAUCAGAUGUUUAUAAGCUUCCUUCUUCGUCCCUCUCUGUCCUCUCAGCCUCCUAAUUUGAUCACGGCUACCUUGUGAGCUGCCCUCCAAUCUUUAUUUUUAGCCCUCUCAAGGAUUAGGAUUGAUGUUAGCUGUGGAGCACUUAAAGUGAUUGUAUUGUAAAUCUUGGUGUAUUCUGUUGGUCGUGUCUUUCAGGAGGGAUCUGGGUGAGGAUGGGAGCCUCACUGUCUAAGCGCAGUGUGGAAAAGGGGAGAAGUCAUUUCUGAAUAUUAACUUCAUCUCCAUCCCAGAUGCACUUGCUGAGAUAGUUGGCGGGGGCCCUGCUUCUGGUCCCAGGAUGGGGAGAUGGGCUCUGCUUAUCUUAAAGGAGUUUUAGCCACUACAGUUGGAUUCUGACCCCAUCUUUCCCUUCCCUCCUUUCACCACCUCCCUUGCCAGAGAACAUGGCAAAGAUGCAUGAAAGAAUAGAAGCUACUGGGAAAACAAAACAUACCAAGUUAGUAUUGAAACAGUGUUUUCUGUUAAAUACCUAAGGCAGCGCCAAGGAGGAAAAGUUUUUGGUUUUCUUUUUGUUUGUUUUCUGUUUUUGUUUUUUUUUUCUAGAAAGGCUUUUAAAAAUACUAGAUAUUGAACCUAUAAAGCUUUUGCACCUAUUUUAUAGUGGUAAAAGUUUUAUUAAUUUUAAUGUGGAGUUUGUUUUGCCCUGUAGCAGAUCAGAGUUUAGAUGAAAAUUUUCAGAGUUAACAGCCUCUCUGGUUGCUAAUAUUGUUGAAGUAGAGGUUCUACAAAGAAACAGAACUCCCCCCCCCCCCAUUCAUUUAAAAAAUGUUUGGAUUUGUUCAGAGUAAAGAUGAUCUUUCCCAUCUGUCGGUACAGUUCCGUCUGAUCUCCUGCAUGUGCAGCACCUGCAAAUCUUACGGCACCAACAUCUGUUCUUAUACACAGGGCUUUUGUUGUUGUAACACUCUGACUUUAAAAGUAAGUUGUUUGCUGAUUUCUGGACUAAUUAUGCAAUUUCAUUUUUUUCCCCCUCAAUUCAGCCAAAUGUGUGUGUGUGUUCGGUCUGUUCUUUCUAAGUAGUCAGGUACGAAAAGUGAUAAAAUAAAAAGAAUGGUUGGACAAGUUUUUUUGAGUCUUCCAGAAUUUGUGUGGGACUGAGUUCUUUCCUUCUGAAGUUAAGUGGUCUUGUAGGUCUUGUGGGAUGCCAUUUGAUAAGUAGUCAGUUAAAUUUCUUCUGGAAGAGGUCCGAGUUCUUGUUAUCAGUAAUAGGCUGCAGCUAAAGGAAGGCUUUAAACUUGACCAGGAGUUCUGAAAGGGCUGAGUGAGUCCUUGGCAAGUGCGUUUAGGUCGCAUGUGUGACUUGGGAGUCCUUGGGGUGUGAGCCUGACUUAAAACUCAGAGAUGUGUAACUCUCCACCACAGAGGCAGAUAGAGGCUAAAGUCCUGACCAGGCUCUAACAAGAAACUCGUCUUUCCCCAGGUUAUGAAGACAGUAUGGAGUUUCCAGACCACAGCAGACAUUUGCUGCAGUGUCUGAGCGAGCAGAGGCACCAGGGCUUUCUUUGUGACUGCACUGUUCUGGUGGGAGAUGCCCAGUUCCGGGCGCACCGAGCUGUACUGGCUUCGUGCAGCAUGUAUUUCCACCUCUUUUACAAGGACCAGCUGGACAAAAGAGACAUUGUUCAUCUGAACAGCGACAUUGUGACAGCCCCCGCUUUCGCUCUCCUGCUUGAAUUCAUGUACGAAGGGAAACUCCAGUUCAAAGACUUGCCCAUUGAGGACGUGCUAGCAGCUGCCAGUUAUCUCCACAUGUAUGACAUUGUCAAAGUCUGCAAAAAGAAGCUGAAAGAGAAAGCCACCACAGAGGCAGACAGCACCAAAAAAGAAGAAGAUGCUUCAAGUUGUUCGGACAAAGUUGAGAGCCUCUCAGACGGCAGCAGCCACAUGGCAGGUGACCUGCCCAGUGAUGAAGAUGAAGGCGAAGAUGAGAAACUGAACAUUCUACCUAGCAAAAGGGACUUGGCAGCUGAGCCUGGGAACAUGUGGAUGCGAUUGCCCUCAGACUCAGCAGGCAUCCCCCAGGCUGGCGGAGAGGCCGAGCCACACGCCACAGCAGCUGGAAAAACAGUAGCCAGCCCCUGCAGCUCAACAGAGUCUUUGUCCCAGAGGUCUGUCACCUCCGUGAGGGAUUCGGCAGAUGUUGACUGUGUGCUGGACCUGUCUGUCAAGUCCAGCCUUUCAGGAGUUGAAAAUCUGAACAGCUCUUAUUUCUCUUCACAGGACGUGCUGAGAAGCAACCUGGUGCAGGUGAAGGUGGAGAAAGAGGCGUCCUGUGAUGAGAGUGAUGUUGGCACUAAUGACUAUGACAUGGAACAUAGCACUGUGAAAGAGAGUGUGAGCACUAACAACAGGGUACAGUAUGAGCCGGCCCACCUGGCUCCUCUGAGGGAGGACUCGGUCUUGAGGGAGCUGGAUCGGGAGGACAAAGCCAGCGACGAUGAGAUGAUGACCCCAGAGAGCGAGCGGGUCCAGGUGGAGGGGGGCAUGGAGAGCAGUCUGCUUCCCUAUGUCUCCAACAUCCUGAGCCCCGCGGGCCAGAUCUUCAUGUGCCCCCUGUGCAACAAAGUCUUCCCCAGCCCCCACAUCCUGCAGAUCCACCUGAGCACGCACUUCCGCGAGCAGGAUGGCAUCCGCAGCAAGCCUGCCGCCGAUGUCAACGUGCCCACGUGCUCCCUGUGUGGGAAGACUUUCUCCUGCAUGUACACCCUCAAGCGCCACGAGAGGACUCACUCGGGGGAGAAGCCCUACACGUGCACCCAGUGCGGCAAGAGUUUCCAGUACUCGCACAACCUGAGCCGGCACGCCGUGGUGCACACCCGCGAGAAGCCCCAUGCCUGCAAGUGGUGCGAGCGCAGGUUCACGCAGUCCGGAGACCUGUACAGACACAUCCGCAAGUUCCACUGUGAGUUGGUGAACUCCUUGUCGGUCAAAAGCGAAGCACUGAGCUUGCCCACUGUCAGAGACUGGACCUUAGAAGAUAGCUCUCAAGAACUUUGGAAAUAAUUUUAUAUAUAUAUAUAAAUAAUAUAUAUAUAUAUAUAUAUAUACAUAUAUAUACAUAGAUCUCUAUAUAGUUGUGGUACGGUCUAAAAGCAGUCUUGUUUCCUGGAACUGAAAAGUUGGGAUCUUAACUUGUUUUUGCACUUUAGAAUAAUAGCAUGAGAAUCUCACUAAUUUAGCAUUCUGAUAAAAGAAACUUUAGAGCAAGUCAGAAGUAGAGAGGUGUCUUUCCUUUGAGGGGUAGGCCAAGUUAGCCAAUAAAACCUUCUCAACAAAUGGUUCUGUCACAAAAUGCUUUCCUAUGGCUUAAUUUUGUAAACACUGCAUUGUCUUGAGCGCUUUCCUUGUGCCUCACAUUGUUUUGUUUUGUUUUCAAAGUAGAAAUUCCCUCCAGUUUUAUUAGCCUCUUUAUAUGUCUCAAAUUGCAUGAAUUUUUUCUGGCUGUUGGAAACCUGAAUGCUUUUAGACCCAAAUGGAAAAUUUCUGAA